UAGAAGUGUUCCAAUUUUGUGUUCCACUAUUAAUCACCGUAAUGAAACCCAAAUUAAGGGAAAUUAAUUCCUAGUUUAAGGAAUUGUAGGUCACGUGAGAACAUUGAAAUAAUACUUUAUUGCUGAAUCAAAUGUUGUAUUUAUAUGGGAUGUUAUGAAGUGAAAAGUUUGGGUGAGCUUUAGAAUGAAAUGAUGGUACAGAAGAGACAAGACCACAUUUUUGUUUGUUUAAUUACACAUUUGUAAAACAUUAUGUGGAAUGUUUGCAUACAAAACCAAGAAAGUGAAAUGCCCUCUUUUUAAUGUUUGCACUAAACCCAAUAUUUUAAAUAUGAUAUUUGCAUUUGAUUUUCAAAUAUUCACUGAUGCGGCAGUGUGGAAAGUAUGAUUUUGCACUACUUUUGCAUCCAUAUAUUUCAUUGUAAAAAAUUGUUUUCCAUUUAGAAGUGAAACACAAGUUUGUCCUACAAUUAAAUGGGGGGUAAAAUAUGUAUUUUUCUAAUAUAUGCUUAUCUUUGUUUAUAAUGUGUAGUAAUGAUUUUUUUAACUAGUCUCAGUUGACGGACAGCAUUGCUUGUUUAAUUAUGAUUUGUGUUAAUUGUCUGAUUUCUUUGUGAUGGUAAUGAUAGACAACAGUGUGGGUGUCAUGAGUGACGCGGCCAUAUUUGCCGGUGCUGCUCCGCUGUAAACAAAAAGUGUCUGCGAGACGGACGCUCCGCUCAUUUUAGGAACAAUUUUAUUUCUCUCAUUUGUUAUCUCUUCAGGUAUGUCUUACAAACCCAAUCCCCAUCAACACCUUCCGGGAACUUCUGGGAACCAAGGAAACAUUCCCUCUCCAGCUUCCAUGGCAACAGUACAGUCAUACAAGCCAAUUCUAAAUGACUUUGGACCACCUUCUUUGGGAUUCUCACAGGGGCCUAAUGGGAACCAAGUACCUCAGAGUAAAUAUGCCGAACUUCUUGCCAUCAUUGAAGAACUUGGAAAAGAAAUAAGACCCACGUAUGCAGGGAGUAAAAGCGCAAUGGAACGACUUAAAAGAGGUAUCAUUCAUGCCAGAGGGCUUGUUCGGGAGUGUUUGGCAGAGACAGAGCGAAACGCAAGAUCCUAGCCCCUUCAAUCCUGUUUCUCUCCAAACAACACAUGAACUUUCCCUUAAACCCUUUUUACACGGGAAUCAUGCAUGGCGCUCCUUUGAGAGGGUAUAAAACAAUCAGAAAAUGCAGCAUUUAUGUUACGAGUUGCUAUUUUGUAUGUAUUUUGGAGGGAAUAAGGCAAAAUUCAGAGGAUAUACCUUCUGAUUUAUAAAUAUGAGAGAUCUGGAACUGUUACCAUUUAAGUUUUUUCUUAAAUAUAUUUUAAUAUUUAGUUUUCUUUAUUUGACCACAUAGUACCUUUAAAUAAGCAAAAACUGCAUGCAACUGGAUUAGAAACAUGCAUGGCUUUUUAUCGGUUUAGACUAGGUAUGUGCGUUUAGAAAUGGGUCUCAGGAUGAGGUAUAAGGUACUUUCUCCUUGGACGCAUUGAUUAGUAGGUGAUUUUUCUUUUACAUUUGGGAGAUAUUGAAAAGUAUUAUAGUGAUGCCAUUAUUUUCAUCUUUAUUUGUAUUUAUUACCUUGUGUAAUAAAAUGUAUUUUUAUGUAAAAACAAAAAAGGUCACUCUUUGGAAUUUUGUAUAUCUGUCAAUAAAU